AUGGGAACUUACGUCAGGAAAUCCCGAGAUGCAGAUGUAGCUUCUAGAACACGACUCGACAGGUUUCCAGUGGGAUGGGUUCACCAGGAAAGUUGCACAGGCCGGAAUCUCGCUGCACCACCCACCAACGGGCUUCUGCUGCGCUUCAAAGUCCAGUUUGAGAAAGUUGGUGAUCGUCAGCGGUGUCCACUAGAGAGAAUUCUCCAACAGUUUGGUGAGAUGGUCAGGGUCCACAUGCCCUCCUGUUUCACUGGACAGGGAAGGGAACUGGAAAUCUUUGUUCCAACCCCGCAGGUCUCCAUAUUCCUGAGGCCCCCUCCCCCGGAGUCAAGCCAAAGCCAAGGUUGGAGAAUAGAGAAGGGGAGGCCAGUUCAGGUUACCGACAACCUUCGGUCUCAAGAGUUGACGGAUAAGUUUCGAUGA